UUGGCCCCAGAUAUAAAUACUAGGAUUAUGGAGGAGUCUAAUGAGCAGGUCAACGUCGUCCCCGAGCUCUACUUUCUGAUAGCGAAAUUUCUCUCCGGUGGCCCUCUUAAAGAAACUGCAAAGACUUUGCUAAAAGAGCUCGAGAGCGUAGAGGUACUACCAAGACGGCUUGACUGGGAAGGCAAUGAACACGCACAGUCAUAUGAUGAAUUGGCAGCUCAGUACAGCGACGUAUCAUGGCGAAGGCUCGCAACUGUGUGCGAGCGAGCGCUACAGUUGGCCAGCUACAACGGUGCCAUCUACAACACUGCCAACACCACUGCCAACAGCGCUAUCACCAACAGUGCCAACACCAGCACGAGUAACAGUAGCAACAGCGUGGUCAGUGUCAGCACGAGUCCCGUCGCCACCAGUUGCAAUACGAGCAAUGAUCACCAGUGGCUGCAGUUGCGAGCUCGGCUUUCUCUGCUCAGCGAGUCGCUGGUUCGGCCCAAGCCCAAAUACUCUGUGUACAAGCAGGAUCAUACACUCGUACGGAGGCUAGCAUGUCGGGAGGUGGGUGGCAUAGUGGGCCCACCAAGCAAGCCAUUUCCAGCACGGAUGCUGUCCGGCCUUCAGUUACAACGUCGGACACUGGGACAUUUGUCCGCAGUAUACUGCCUCGUGUUCGACCGCACCGGACGUUAUGUUAUUACUGGUGCGGAUGACCUGCUGGUGAAGGUGUGGAGUGCCCUGGACGGGCGGCUGCUGGCAACACUGCGGGGCGCGGGUGCGGAGAUCACGGAUGUAUGCGUGUCUGCAGACUGCACGCUGCUGGCGUGCGGUUCCGUGGAGCGGCUGGUGCGCGUGUGGUGCCUGGCCACCGGGGCGCCGCGGGCCGUGCUCCAUGCGCACGCCGGAACCAUCACUUCCGUGCACUGGGCGCCGCCUGGGCACGGCGACGUGCGCUGGCUCGCGUCCACGUCCACGGACGGCUCGGUCGCGUUCUGGACGUGCGCCAACGACGGCCAGUUCCUGUCCCGGCCGGUGCAGUUCGUGGAGCGCAUGCGGCCCGGCGCGUGCCACAUGAUCUGCGCCGCCUGGUCUGCGGGCGGCGCCUUCCUGGCGGCCGGCAGUGCGGACCACCAUGUGCGCGUGUACGCGCUGGAUGCGACCGGGCCCCGCCGGGUGCUGGAGCAGGCGGUGCAUGGGGACGCGGUGGACUCGCUGGCCUGGGCGCACCGUGGCCUGCGCCUGGUGUCCGGCAGCAAGGACGGCAGCGCCGCGUUGUGGACGCUGCACGCCACGCAGUGGAGGCACGUGCUGCUGCAGGACCACGCCAAGCGCCUCAAGGUGACGAUGGUGUGCUGGGACCGCAGCGACGCGUAUGUAAUGACCGCAGUCUCCGAUAACACGGUCCGGGUGUGGUGCGCGCGCACUUGUCGGCAAGUGCGAGUGCUACGUGGUCACCGCGACGAGGCGUACGUGUUGGAGCCGCACCCACAGCUGCCUGGCGUGCUGCUGUCUGCAGGGCAUGACGGACAGCUGUUCGUGUGGGAUGCGCACACGGGAGAGGUGCUGGCGCAGUUCCAGAACCGCAUCGAGGGCCAGGGCGACGGCGCGCUGUUCGACGCCAAGUGGGGCGGCGCGGGCUCCGUGGCCGCGUCCGACUCGCACGGGCACCUGCUGCUGCUGGGCCUAGGCGCAGGGCACCGCCUGCUGCGCCAGCUGCCGCCGGAGCUCUUCUUCCACACGGACUACCGCCCGCUGGUUCGCGACGCGCUGGGCGGCGCGCUGGACGAGCAGACGCAAGCACCGCCGCACUUGAUGCCGCCGCCCUUCCUCGUGGACGUGGAGGGCGCCCCGCACCCGCCCGCCUUACAGAGGCUGGUGCCGGGCCGCGAGCGCCUGGCACUGCGCCCGAUACUACCCGCCGGCACCACCGCCAGCGACAGCACCCCGCCGGCGGGUGGUGGCAGUGGUGGGGGCGGUCCGUGGCGCGGAGAGGGCGUGCGGCACACGGCGGGCUCGUGGCAGCGCGCCGACGAGCUGCUUGCCGCGCCUGCCAGCCGUCCCAUCGUGCCACCGCUGCCGCCUGCUGCGCGCCAACGUCUCGAACAGGCCAGUGCGGAGAUGAACGCGUGCGAGUGGGCGUGGUACCGGCGCGAGAUGAGACGGCGGCCGCUCAUGAUCAGCACCGCGCCCGACGCGCCGCGUCGAGCCGGUCGUCGACCCCGCGCCGCGCCCCGCCCCCAGCCCCGCCCCACGCCACGCCCACAACCAACGAUCCGCGUCGAGGAGGAACCCCCGGAGGAGAGUUCGAGCGACACGUCGGACGAGAGCGUGCGCCUCUCAGCCUCCGCUCACUCCGCUCACUCCUCCCACUCCUCCCGCUCCUCCCGUUCCUCCCGCUCCUCGCGAUCGUACGGCUCCUCGCGAUCCAGGCGCUCCAGCGACGACCUCUCCGAAUCUGACAGAUAUAGUCCCAGUACGACGACGACAUCUAAACGUGGCGCGGCGAGUGCCACUUCGAGCGGGGCUGGUGGCGGGGCGUCGAGCGGGACGGGGAGCGGGGCGGCGGGCGGGGAGGCGAGCGGGGAGGGGGCCGAGGGGGCUGAGGCGUACCGCGUGAGCGAGUGGCUGACGGCCGUGUCGCCGCGCAAGGCGCCCUACCAGCCGCAGAUGGGUGACCACGUCAUGUACUUUCGGCUGGGUCACCAGCGCUACUUCGAGGCCGUUGCGGAGAAGGAUCUUUACAAAGUGAACCCUAGAGAUAAGCCGUGGGAGAGGAUGCAUAUCUACGAGUGCGAGCCGGUGAAGGUGGUGGGUAUGCGGUACGCGGUGCGGGGGACGCGGGGCGCGCGGGUGGCGUGCCUGCGGCUUUGCGGCGCGCCGCCCGGGGCCCGCAGCCGCUGCUUCACCGUGCGCUACCACGACAUGCCCGACGUGAUCGACUUCCUGGUGCUGCGCGCGCAGUACCACGCCGCCGUCGAGCGCCGUUGGGGGCCCGGCGACCGGUUCCGGUGCAUGAUCGACGACUCGUGGUGGACGGGCAUGGUGGUGGAGCGCACGGGCAGCGCGGAGGUGGAGACGGAAGCGGAAGCGGAGGCGGGCGCGGGCGCGGGGGAGGGAUCCGCGGCCGCGCGGCGCUGGGCGCGCGAGGCGGCCGCGCACUUCCUGUCGCUGAAGGUGCGCUGGGACAACGGCGAGAUGGAGCGCCUCUCGCCCUGGGACCUCGAGCCCAUCGAUCCCAACAGAUUGCCGCAGGAGCCCGGCGGCGCGGUGCCCGUGCUGGCGGGCGAGCUGGCGGCGGCGCUGCGGCGCGACGAGACGCACGAGUGGGAGCCGGGCGCGUGCCCCGCGCUUGCCUCACACGUCACCCAGCUGAUGACGCUCGCGGUCGCCGAGCCGUUCGUGGCGCCCGUGGACCUGCAGCUGUACCCGUCGUACGCGCUCGUCGUCGCGUACCCCAUCGACCUGUCCACUGUGCGGGCGCGUUUUGAGAACCUGCUGUACCCGUCGUACGCGCUCGUCGUCGCGUACCCCAUCGACCUGUCCACUGUACGGGCGCGCUUUGAGAACCUGGUGGGUGGGUCACUACUGCACUCACUCGCCGCUACACCGCGUCACGUGACCCAGCUGAUGUCGCUCGCGGUCGCCGAGCCGUUCGUGGCGCCCGUGGACCUGCAGCUGUACCCGUCGUACGCGCUCGUCGUCGCGUACCCCGUCGACCUGUCCACUGUGCGGGCGCGCUUCGAGAACCUGGUGGGUGGGUCACAACUGCACUCACUCGCCGCUACACCACGUCACGUGACCCAGCUGAUGUCGCUCGCGGUCGCCGAGCCGUUCGUGGCGCCCGUGGACCUGCAGCUGUACCCGUCGUACGCGCUCGUCGUCGCGUACCCCGUCGACCUUUCCACUGUGCGGGCGCGCUUUGAGAACCUGGUGGGUUGGUCAUAA